AUGAAACCACUUAUAUCGCCAUUGAUAGCGUAUACAUGCACAUUUAUUUCAAUAUCUGGUAUUAUCUUCUUAUUUGCCCUUGCAGCCUUAUUUAAACAUAAUUCGGAAGCACUGAUAAGUGAUCUUCCACAAGGCUUAAGUGGAGCACAUGUUGGUAAUACAUGUAUUUUAGCAGGCCUAAUAUAUAUUGGAAUAUUGGUUUUUAGUGGUACACAAAUAUGGUUAAUUCGACGACAAACAGGAAUUUCGCUUUGA